GUAGAAAACUAAAUUCCAUUUGUAUAGUAUAGAAAUUGUGAGUAAUUAAGUUAUUCUGGUACAGAAUUUCAUGAAUAAUAUUUUUUUAGAAAGAAGAUUUUGCUUGAAAGCACUUUUCAUAUGAACCCUACAUCAUAUUUUAGUUUUUUUAGCCUAUUCGCAUAUAAUCAAUAUGCCAAACAGUAGUAUUAAAAGAAGCUAUAUAUCGGGCUUUCCCUACUUGAUAUACAUGUACAUUCACCAUGUCCGAUUGUCGGUUGUCCAGCCUCAAACAGAGCCUGUCGUUCAUAGGUAGUACCGUACGGUACUACAAUACAUGUACGUGAACCUCUCUGAAUUAUCUUUUGACAUAUGACAGGUGACCUUUACGGCAUACAACAGUAAGAAUGUUUUUUUUUUAUUUUUGCGGAAAGCAAUUUUCCUCUAUAAUCAGUCACGUGCCAUUGCUGUGGGAUGCGGGGUCUUCCGGUAAAUUUCAAAAGGAACUUUAUCGACACCAGGUACUUUUAGUUUAGGGAUUCUGUAAUUAUUAAAGUUCUUAAUUAGGAAAGGCCACAUGAAGUACCUGUAGCUUUUCAGGAUGUUUUUCGGGAUAAUUACAAACGCGUACACUACGGUGUAUAUCGUUAAGCCCUAAUAUGCAUAAUAAGCCUUGAACAAUUACAGGACUGUCUGGAAUAAGUGACACGUACAUGUGCGGCAUGUCAGUUUAUUUACCUUUGAGUAAACUGAAAACUACGUCUCAACUUUCACAAGUCAUUGCACAUGCACAAAUUCUAGCAAAUUCUUCCCCGUUAGUACUCCAUUUUGAACCCGUCAGACUGAGGUCAUGUAAACAAUAUGUUUUGCAACGUACACUCUGGGAUCAGAAUCUUAUUUUAGAUCCUAGGUACACUGUAAGAGUCAACACACACACACAGAAUACGCUAUAUAAUAAUAAGGUCAAUAUUUGGGACGCACCGUUACCUAACUGUAAAACCUUGACGCAGUGUAGGGUCACUCUCUUCAUCACUAAGGAGAGGUCUGCUACCAAGCUCAUAGGCACGAAAAUUCAGAUUGUGAUCAGGGACUAAGGGUGAAAAGCCCUAAAGUUGCAGCUGAAGUUACGACUAGGCUCCCACCGAACCCUACCCAGUAGGAUACUGUACAGGGAACGCACCCUAAAAUGAGCAUCACACAACUGUUGCUGAGCUAUCUGGACGUGCCCACAGUGUUAGUAUUUCUGAUCAUUUUUCUAUUCCUGGUUGCUCAGAGAAAGCCCCACAGAUAUCCACCAGGGCCGUGGAGAUGGCCCCUAAUAGGGAACCUCCCCAUUGUGGCCGGGGCCAAAAUGCUGGCCAAAGAAUUCAUGAGGAUAUCCCAGAAGUACGGGCCAGUAUUCUCACUCCGGCUGGGGGUAUUGAACAUGGUGAUUAUAAACGGCUAUGAUGCCAUUCACGAGGCGUUCUCCGAGAAGGCCGAACUAUUCAUUGGCAGACCUCACGAUGUAAUUUAUUUCGUGAAGAAGGCGAUAGGAAAGAAAGGAUUAAUUUUGAACGAAGGCCCCUCUUGGUACGACCUGCGUAAAAUGAUAGCCGUAGCCCUUCGCGAUUUCGGAGUGGGAAAGAAAACACUGGAAGAACGCAUACUGGACGAGUGCCAGGCCAUCUUUGAAGUACUUGACUCCCUGCCGAAAGCACAACCCAUUCAGAGUGUUAAUUUGAAAAGAACGUUAAUGUCCGCAGUGUCCAACAUUAUCUGCUCUAUUACGUUCGGAGACAGAUUCCAGUACACAGAUAAGCAGUUUGUAAAACUGUUGGACUCACUGGCGAGGUUCUUUCGGACCAAUGCUCUCGCGCUUCCAGAAAACGCUUUUCCAAUUUUGAGAUUCAUACUGCCGUCAUCACAGGGAGAAGACAUGAUACGCAUCCAAAACGACAUUAGAGAUUUUGUCAGAGAGCAGGUGGAGAAGCACAAGGAGACCUUUGACCCUGACAACAUCCGGGACAUCGUAGAUCUGUACCUGCAAGUAUCUGAUAACGAAAAGAGGCAAACUAAAGCAUUUUCUAGUCCCCGUGCCUGCCUUGGUGAGCAGUUGGCCAGGAUUGAAUUUUUUCUCUUCCUGACCUCGAUGAUCCAGCAGUACGAGUUUUCCGCGCCCAUUGGCGCCAAACUGCCACGACCUUUCCCCGAACGCGCGGGAAUCACCACGACCCCUCCCGACUACGAGCUUUAUAUCAAGAAACGCGAGUAAGUGGGCAGCUUGGGAUCCAGCCUCCACACUGAUAGGACGAAGACAGUGGGGAAAAAAUGAAAUGACAUCACGUCUCUUCAGUUUGUGCUUUGAACUUCAACUAGAGAUUUUGGUGUCCCUUUUGAAAAUAAUUUUAUCAAAGUUUUAUCUUACUUUGCAAUUACAAGUGUAUACUUUGAAGAAUAUAAGAACAUGUGUACAUAUGUGAUGAACAGGUACCUAUUUUGGCAACGUGCAUAAUUUUUAGGACACAUGCACUGGCAUAUUCGUGAGAUUUAGUUAAAAAAUCCAGAAUGGAGGAGGAAUUUGUACAGAAAAUGUAACCGUGUUAAAGAGAGAGCGCACGCUUUACUACAGUAGUAGCUUCUCUAUAAAUAUCUUACCUGCAAACAUACUCUGCUAUACUAAGGAAAAUAAUAUAAACCUCUCUAUUCCUAACAUAAUCUUUACCUCUCAGUGAAACCUUGGCCACAGAUUUAUAACUAGUGUCAUAAUUGAGUGUUUGUGGUAUUGGAGGAAAUGAACGUUUUUUUUCUUUCGUUUUCGUUAACAAUAAUUGUGACAGAUGUUUAUCAAUGCUUCAGUUGAACCAACGCUACGUGGUUUGAAUUCUUAAAUCCGACUUUGGCUCAUUACUUACGUUGACGAUUGUAAGGCGAAUAAUAAAUAUAAUAUAUAUGCUAUCAAAGUAGAACUGCCUUCUUAAAAUGAGCUACUAAACUGUUCGCUACAUCUUUCAUUUUUUUACUUGUCAGGGUCUUUACAUGUACACAUAAGCGAUGUCUACAAUUAGGGCAUCAAAAUAUAUAUUACUUUUAUUUAUUUUUCCUACUUGAACUUACCAGCCGCAUUGCAGACCGUAGUAGUACUCUUUGGACACAGGGUGCGCUGAUAGAUUGUUUCAAAAUGUUGAAAAGCAGAGUAAUUUUGCACAGUGUUUGAGUGGGGUACGGGAAUAGUAACUUCACAGUCAACCUGCUUAUGUAGAGGUAUAGCGUAAGGAAGGCUGAUAAUAAGUGCACAUACAAAUAUAAGAAAUAUCUCAGAUAAUCACAUAAAUACAUGUAAGUAUGUCCAUGAUAUAUAGGCCUACUAUAUUGUGCAUUUGAAUAUGUUAUUGUGUACACAUUAAUGUAGCCUACCACGUAUUAUUAUAUUGUUAGAUCGAACUCAUUCUACCUAAUGUGCUAGUAUCAA